GCGAAGAGUAGUGCAACGGCUUCUCAAAGGAUUAAUGGUAUUGGUAAGCAAAAAUUAGCAUCAUACCUUAUGUUGACAGAAAUUAGGUCCGAAGAAGCAAUAAAUUGCUUUACCCAGAGGUGUGAAAAUGAAAUAAAUUAUGUGUACUCCCCUACACUUGAUACAGAAGGUUCUCCACCAUGUGAAAAGUUGCAGAGCAAGGACUACAAUUGUAAUCCUGGAAUGGUUGUUAGCCAAAUAGUGGCCGCUGCUCCUAGGACUAAAUUAAAAGGUAUUGAUCCUGCCAGAUCCAAGAACCACAUUUGUGCCCGGCCCGUCCGGUCUUGUAGAACCUUUGAGGAACCCACGGUAGAAAUUUCUGGCCAUCCAUAUUCGUCCAUAAAAGAAUUGUCAGAGUGGGCAAAACAAUUAGCAAAAAAUGUAGUGUCUCUCUUCUACAAAGCUAAAUCGGAGAA